GGGGGCGGGGCGAAGAUGGCGGCAGGCCGGCGAGGGAGUGCCCCCUCCACGGCCGUAUCCUCCUGCUGCUGCUGCUGCUCCCGGUUCGCGGAGGCCCCAGACUCGGCCUCCCGCUCUCGGCGGCCCGGAACCCCGACCCCCUUUUCUGCCAGCUCUGGGUGCAGGCCUACUUGCCAACGGGGGCGGUGGAGUCGGUGUCGCUUCCUAGCGGAGCGCGCUGGCCCCGACCCCUCCUGCUUGCCCAGCGCCCGGGCUCUCGGUGGGGUCGCCAGGGCCCAGGAGGGGGAGCCGCUCUCCUGCAGUGUGCAUAGGCCCCCAUGCGGCGUGAACAAGGGCAGAAUGUGCAGAGCUCAGGAAAGUGGGUGAUGCUGCUCUGCCUGGGUGGGACGUGCUCCGCCCUGCAUUUCCUGGCCACGCUCCUGAUGAUCGCGUACAAAAGCCAGGUGUUCAGUUACCCUCAGGAUCACCUGGCCCUCGACCUGGCCCUGCUCUUGCUGAUGGGGACCCUGGAAGCACCCCGGAUAUACCUUGGCACCAAGGGCAACCUGACGGAGGCCGAGGGGCCACUGGCCGCCAGCCUGGCACUCACAGGGGCCAGCGCCCUGCUGUCGGUCUACUUCCUGCUCUGGCAGACCCUGGUGCUGUGGGCAGACUCGGUCCUCAGUGCCACACUCCUGGCCAUCCACUGCCUGGAGGCCGUCCUGGAGGUGGUGGCCAUCGCCGCCCUUCCUGGGUUAGACAGGUGACGUGCAGCCCCCGGGAUGCCUCAGAUGGGAGCCCUCACGGGGAUCCCCGAUGUCCCCGCCCCAUGGCACAGAGGACAGGGCCCUUCCUCGACGAUCAGCCUUGUGGAUGCGGCUGGGUGGUUUGUGAGUCUCGUCAGGGCCAGGACCGGGACAGAACAAAGUGUGGGGCCAGGGCCAGGGGGUGGCCCCGAGCCAGCAGGGGGCCAGUGGGCUUCGCCCUGUCACCUCCCAGGAGGAGCCGCUUCCCGUGGCGUCCCCAGCUGGCUCCCUCGAAGGUGUGUCCCGAUGCCGGCCAGCCGGCCAGGACCCCCUGUGGCACAGCAUCCCGUGGGGUCUCUGCAUCCCUGAGUGUUUACAUGUCCCCACGGCAGGAAACGGCUGUGUGGGUGGGGCAGGGGUUGGGGGUCUUCGGCCGCUCGGACAGACGGCUCCAAACGAAAACUCGCAGCGGGGCUGGUCGGCUCCAGGGCGGCGCUCCUCGCAGCAGCCCCAGCCCCAGCCCCGCCCCCGGGGGCCCACCGGUGGACGCCUGUGAGGCUGUGGGGUGGCUCUCCUUGCCCUGGGGCUGGUGACCGCCGCUCGUCAGAACCUCGGUCUGUCUGUACUCGGCGCGGCGAGAAUCCGGGUCUCCCGAGAGCUGGUCCUUCCUCGUAACUCCCCUCCGUCUGCUCCCAGUCCGCGUGUCCUGUUCGGAGUGACGUGUUCAAACGGACUCCUGGGUUCUCUGGGCCGUAGUUCUACAAUAAAGAAGUGUCUGUA